UUGCUGUACCUAUAAAAAGAGCGCCUGUGUGCGUCAGAUAGUUUCUCCAAUGGGGAAAGGUGACUAAACACUAGUUGGUCUCUUUCGCCGGCUCAGUCGCAUCCCAUCGUCUUGGUAGGAGGGGGGUGGGGAGUGAAAGACAGUGAUGCACGACUCCGGCGGUGUCCAAAUGGCGAGGGCGCUGAAGCAUGCGGCGCUGUGCCUGAUGCUGCUGCCCCGGUUCCUCCUGGCCGCCGUCAUGCUGUGGCUCCUGGAUUUCUUGUGCAUCAGGAAAAAACUGCUGCUGAAGAUGGGGCAGCGGCAGGACGGCCCGGACGACCCGCCGGUGUGCGUCUCCGACUCCAACAAGAUGUUCACCUUGGAGUCCCUCAGGGCCGUGUGGUACGGCCAGAGGCUGGACUUUUUCAAAUCCGCGCACCUCGGACGCGCGGCGCCCAACACCGAGGUGGUGCUGGCGCAGGGGGGGCGGCCGGUCCGGAUCCUGGACUGCAUGAAAGGGAAGAGACCGCUCAUCCUGAACUUUGGCAGCUGCUCCUGACCGCCGUUCAUGACGCGCCUGGCCGCGUUUCAGCGCGUCGUGAGCCAGUACGCGGACAUUGCGGACUUUUCAGUGGUGUACAUCGAGGAGGCGCAUCCGUCGGACGGCUGGGUGAGCUCGGACGCGCCGUUCCAGAUCCCCAAGCACCGCUGCCUGGAGGACCGGCUCCGAGCCGCGCAGCUGCUGCUCAGCGAGGUGCCCGGCAGCAGCGUGGUGGUGGACAACAUGGACAACUCGUCCAACGCCGCGUACGGAGCCUACUUUGAGAGACUUUACAUCGUGCGGGACGAGCGGGUGGUGUACCAGGGGGGCCGGGGUCCGGAAGGAUACCAAAUAUCGGGGCUCAGGGACUGGCUGCAGCAGUACAGGAGUGACCUGGUGAAUUCCCAGACGCCGUUGCUCCAUGUGUAGCUGAGGAUGCUGAAGCGCCCGCUGCUCUGCCCGUUCGGCCCCAGUGUCCAGCCCACCAGUGCAAACUAUCAGAUGCUGCUAUCAAGUGUUCACACUGCAGGACACGUUGUGUCGGUUUAUUUCUCACGCGUAAAGACAUAAAGACAGAAACCGGACUCAUCGCCUGAAGUCAGGUUGAAGCCUCUCCCCAGGCUGUAGGCUGAUCUAUUGAUACAUUGAUAAAUUGACUCAUUGUACUUGUCUCGAACCUAAUUGAUUAAUUGCUCAUAGCGGGUUUAUUUUCUGUUUUGUUUUGUAUGCAAAAGUCUUGGAUCAGUUGAAACUGGAUUCAAUAAGCAAUCACUCUAUUUUUCUACAGUGUGUGUGUGUGUGCUUGUGUUUGUUCGUGCGUGUGUAUGUGUGUGUGCGCUCUCUUGUUAAUAUCUUGCUCCUCUCCCGGUGUUUCUAUGAAGGUCGGUUUUUAAAAGGCGCAGCCAGAGAACCGACACUGAUCUUUUCCCUGACACCGGGAGCGGGUCCAUAUUAACGGGGAAGUUCCUCCUCCAUGAGCCAGCCCAUGUGUGAAACACGUUGACCACAAUGUGUAACUGAAAUUUUUGUUUCGAAUAAAUGUCCAGAUCACUCAUC